UCCAGGGAGCCACUUGUGUAAAACGCUCGGCCAGCUUUUCUAUCCCCGAGCUGAACGCUUGCUUCUGGAAUCUAAACACUGGAUGUGUGUUCGCGUGCAGCGCUUGGGCCCUCCUCGGGGCAGGAUGCUCCGUUGCUUAGAUUUCGCCGAAGUCUAAUACUGUGUCAUUAUGAGAUGUCGUCUCUCGGUACCUCCUUUGUGCAAAUUAAAUUUGAUGACUUGCAGUUUUUUGAAAACUGCGGCGGAGGAAGCUUUGGGAGUGUAUAUCGAGCCAGAUGGAUAUCACAGGACAAGGAGGUGGCUGUAAAGAAACUGCUCAAAAUAGAGAAAGAGGCAGAAAUACUCAGUGUCCUCAGUCACAGAAACAUCAUCCAGUUUUAUGGAGUAAUUCUUGAACCUCCCAACUAUGGUAUCGUCACAGAAUAUGCUUCUCUGGGAUCACUCUAUGACUACAUUAACAGUAACAGAAGUGAAGAGAUGGACAUGGAUCACAUUAUGACCUGGGCCACUGAUGUAGCCAAAGGAAUGCACUAUUUACAUAUGGAGGCUCCUGUCAAAGUGAUUCACAGAGAUCUCAAGUCAAGAAAUGUUGUUAUAGCUGCUGAUGGGGUAUUGAAGAUAUGCGAUUUCGGUGCCUCUCGGUUCCAUAAUCAUACAACACACAUGUCCUUGGUUGGAACUUUCCCGUGGAUGGCCCCAGAAGUGAUCCAAAGUCUCCCUGUGUCUGAAACUUGUGACACGUAUUCCUAUGGUGUGGUUCUCUGGGAGAUGCUAACAAGGGAGGUCCCCUUUAAAGGUUUGGAAGGAUUACAAGUAGCUUGGCUUGUAGUGGAAAAAAACGAGAGAUUAACCAUUCCAAGCAGCUGCCCCAGAAGUUUUGCUGAGCUGUUACGUCAGUGUUGGGAAGCUGAUGCCAAGAAACGGCCAUCUUUCAAGCAAAUCAUUUCAAUUCUGGAGUCCAUGUCAAACGAUACUAGCCUUCCUGACCAGUGUAACUCAUUCCUGCACAACAAGGCAGAGUGGAGGUGUGAAAUUGAGGCAACUCUUGAGAGGCUGAAGAAACUAGAACGGGACCUCAGCUGUAAAGAGCAAGAGCUCAAAGAACGGGAAAGACGUCUGAGGAUGUGGGAGCAAAAGCUGACGGAACAGUCCAACACCCCGCUUCUCUUGCCUCUUGCUGCAAGAAUGUCUGAGGAGUCUUACUUUGAAUCUAAGACAGAGGAGUCAAACAGUGCAGAGAUGUCAUGUCAGAUCACAGCAACCAGUAACGGGGAGGGCCAUGGCAUGAACCCGAGUCUGCAGGCCAUGAUGCUGAUGGGCUUUGGGGAUAUCUUCUCAAUGAACAAAGCAGGAGCUGUGCUGCAUUCUGGGAUGCAGAUAAACAUGCAAGCCAAGCAGAAUUCUUCCAAAACCACAUCUAAGAGAAGGGGGAAGAAAGUCAACAUGGCCCUGGGGUUCAGUGAUUUUGACUUGUCAGAAGGUGACGAUGAUGAUGACGAUGAUGACGGUGAGGAGGAGGAUAAUGACAUGGAUAAUAAUAGUGAAUGAAAGCAGAAAGCAAAGUAAGAAAAUUGAAAAAUGUUCGGCAAAACAAAAGAAACUUGCUACCAGUAAGGAGGUAGAAAACUAAGCACGGAAUUUUUAGGCCAAUCACAUUUCUGUAACAGUCAUUUCUUUAAUGAUUUUACUUUCUUUUUCCUGCUUACAGAAAAAUGAGAAUGGGGGGGGGGUUAAGCCAGAAAGAUAUAUUUAAUGAGUCAGCAAAUAUGGUGCCUGAUUAUAGAAAUCUGUGACUCUUUUAUACAGUAUAGUAUUUUUCACAACUAAUUACAUUCUGGCUUUUUUUUUUUAAGCAAAUACUUCAUACUUUGACUUCAAUUGCUUAAGAAAACUUCCGUUUUGAAAAAGCACUCUUAACUCCUAAUUCUUCCUUGACACUGAUUUUCCUGUAACACUACAUUUCUCUUUCUUCUGGCAGUAUGCUGUACUGUCAGAAAUAAUUGAGAGUGACUACAAAAUCCAACAAUACAAAAAUUGAGAUGAAAGGCGGCUAUCACAAAUACUUCAAAAAUACCUAAAUGCCAAGAGUUUUCAAUACUUAAUAGCACAACUACUCACAGUAAAACCUGAGCGAUGUUCCUAACAGCAGACUGGGAGAGGAAACACUCAUUUGAAGCCAACGGCAGAUGCUGCGGGCUUCCACCCCAGGGCGAGCCCUGGACCGGCGCGGAGUCGCCCGCGGGAAGGACGCGGUCUUGGGAGGCCUGCGGGCAGGGCAGCUCCCGCGCUGUGCGGAGCCGCUCGGCGCCGCCAGGGGGCGUGUGCGCGUGCGCUUUCCGGGGGCGUGAGGGCCCUGCGUUCUAAAUACAUGUAUGGAUGUUUCAGAGAGGGAACUAUUAUAAAAGGAAGAGCAAAGAUAAAUUAUACUGAGAUAGACGUGGAGGAUGACGGGUCCUUUUUAGGUUGAAUCCGGCCUCCCAGAGUGUGUGUGUGUGUGUUUUUUUAACCUGGAUUCAACCACUGGUGAUAAAAGGAAGUGAAUGUAGGUGCUGUCUGAAAACCUAGUUGGCCAGAGGGAUUGUCUCGGAAUGUUAAUCACAUUUGUCAAAGCUGUAAAACUAGAAAACACUGUUUGAAAAAAACAAAACAAAUUACCAAGCAUUUGCAGUCCUAUAUAUACAAGAAAAGCAAAAGAACAAAAACUUUUUUCAUCCUGCUUUGGAAAGAAGGGCCAUUCAUCUGACUAUUAAACAAAAACGCUUUUGGUAGUUCUUUUUAUGGGGAACUUAAAGGAUAUCAUCAUGGAUAUCAUCUAAUACCAUUUCCAAGUAUACUCAAUCAGGAAAAGCCUCUGGAAAUUUGAGGCAUGACAGGCUUCUAAUCCCCAUUAACAGCUGGAAAAUACUACAAAAUGAGCCAUACACUGUGCCAGCUUCAUUUGGAGAAAAAUAACUAUUAAAAUGUCCUGGGUAUGAAAUGUGGAACAGUCUAGAUACCAUGGCAAUAAAGAGAAGGAUCUGUAGUCAACUUAGGAGUCAAAACUGCAGUGUAAUCUGUUAAAAAUCAUUUAACCUCUGUGUGUCUGCUCAUUUUUGCCAUGGGAAUACAACAGUAUCCACACUUCAAAGCGUUUAAGGCUUAAAUGAAAUAAUCCAGGUAAAGCACUUAACACAGAACCAGGUCCAUGGUAAGUGGUCAGUUAGCUUUAGCAACUGUUACGAAAAGUAAGUGGUUACAGUAACUUGAAAACUAGACUAUCAAUUUCAAGUAAUAUUUGUUGGGUAGUAGGAAAUGAAAGUUAAACAGCUUUCAGGAAAGAUGAAGAGAACAUUCUUAGAACAUAAACUGCAUAAACAAGUUGAACCUGGGGUUCUUUGGAGACAACAUACCUGAGGCGGUUGCAGGCCCUGCUACCACCCGUAGACUAAGGCAAAACAGGAAGAACAGGGAAGCCUUCCCCCUGGAAGACGGGUUCCCUGCACACCCACUCAGGCACCCCUUCCGUCUCUGCAAACAUUCGCAGACGCGCGUGCAGCGGCCGAAACAGGUGUCCUGCCUGUGCUCAGUGAGGAGCACUCCGCGACUCGAGCUGAGCCCCUCAAGCCGAACAUCAACUCGUGACUUCCCAGCAUGCCCUGGGGGCACUCUAGUCCAGCAACCUGAAGGAGAGAGCCAAGGAGGAAGUAGGUUACAAGCCUCUUGCACAUCUUUCUAGGGCAAGAUAAAGUCAUUCAUUCCACUGAUACUCACUGAGCCCCUCCUCUGUGCCAGGGACUGUUCUGGGGCCCAGCUAGAGGGAGACCCUCGUGCUCACGGAGCACACCUGCUAGCGAGCAGAGAUCCUGACAGUAAACAAAACAAACGGGUUCCAGAGUAGGUAAAUGCUUGAGAAGUGCAUGCUGAGAAACGGAGCAGGGAAAGAGGAUGCCGCACAUAGAGGAAAGUUGCGGAUUUCCAAGUGUAGUUGGACAAGGCCUCGCUGGCCAGGGAGUCUCUGCGGGGUAAUUUUGGGAUCUGUGCACUUUAUGUAAGAAUGUAAACCCUGCCUCUCAUUCAAGAAUCCUCAUCAACAAAUUGAGAACAGAUAAAUGGAAUGAAACUGACAUUUUCCCUAAUUUACAUUUAAAUGUAUUAUACUUACACAUAAAGUUUUGGUGCAUUAAUAGAAGUAGCCAAAUAGGGCCGAAAGAGAAAGGUAAUAGGACUCUACUCAGACCUGGGUUUACUGUUACUUACGGAUCCUGUCCCCGAUUCUCCGCUCCUGCCCUCUUCCUCACCAGCGUGCAGGGACUGAGGGACCAGCAGAACUAAGGAAAGCCGCAGUGAUGAGCAUGAACUUGGUCUCCACCUGUAAUCGUAUUUUAUUGUAGGUAAUUCUCAUACAGCGUUGCUUUACUUUCUGUUCCAAAUAAGUGCCUUUCUAGGGUUUUGAACAUCCCUAAAAUCCAAAUCAUAUAAAGAAAAUUUUAAAGUGGUCUCACUCUGUGAAGAUUAUUUAGAAGACUUUAGACUAUUGUUUUAUUACUUUUAAAAGGAACUCUCUUACAUAGAACUUCUAAUGAUGUUAAUUGUGCGGCUUCUAAUUCACUUUUCAGAUCAGUUUUUCAAAUGGCAAAUUACUGAUGUUGGACUUAUUCCAAUGACUUGACCUACAAAAGCAUACACUUAGAAUUAAAGAAACACUAAGAAAUUUAAAGAUUCACAAUGAUAAUUAAAACUAAAUCAUAAUUUUUAGAGUCAUACAACUGAAAACAUAAUUACUCUUUUUCGUCUCUUUUUUGGUAUUCAUAAAGUUGAUCAUCUAGAAUUGGAUGACUCUCUACCAGCCAUUCUCAUCUGGGGCACCUAAUGGUGUGGGGGGGGGGGCGGGCUGGAGCAUAUUUUGGGUUGUCAUAGUGACUGGGGCAUAUUUAAUGCCCCGUUCCAAAAAUGGUUAACAUCAUGCAUGCCAGGGACAGCCCUCCCCCGUAAUAAAGAAUUCCACACACCAAUACCAUUGUCCUUCCCCACUUUGAGAAACUUGCUAAACCUGGCAGUUUUUAGAGUUCUGUGUGAAAAAUUUCCCCCCAAACAAAAUUGCUCAAGUCAAAAGAUGCAUUUUCAAAAUUACAACUACUAUACAAUCUGCAUUUUAUAGGUUUGUAGCAUUUAUCUUAAAUCUCUGCUUGUGGAAAUGGUUUCUUUCCCCUUAAGAAUGCUGGUGGAAACUUUAUAAAACAGCAAAAUUUACCUGGGUGGGGGGUGGGGGUCACUCUCCUAUUACACUAAUUCCAAAAUCAAUAAAAAAGGAAACCCCACUGAGGAGGCUACAGUUCUGCAAAGCAGCCAGGUCAGUUUAGAGGGGCUGCAUGUGUGGGGGGGGGGGGGGGCAAAGUAAAAUCACAUCUUAAUAUUUUACAUUAAUAACCAGUGGGAGGAGUUGAAGGCACAUAGGACACUCGUUUUGGCUGCUCUGGAAAUGUUGAGGGCCAGUUCUUAGCCAGUGAUUUUUAACAUGCAGCAAAUCUGUGAGAUAUUAACACCAGCUGAAGUAUUCAAAAUUGAUUCCCAGUAAACUCCUGGAAUCAGAGGGAAGAUUUGGGAGAGCUCCAGAAUGACUUCUCCUAGCACUAGGAUAACUUGAUUUUCCAGAGUUUUCAUUGGAGUAGUAAGAAUUUCAUGAAAGACCAUUGUAAAAGCUAUUCUGAGUUAAAUACUGAGACUUUUUUGGGUUUUGAUACACUAGCCUGGUUGUAGCCUUUCAAAACUAGCACAUCCUCAUUACACCGCAUGUAUGAGAGAGCAGAAUUUUUCUAUAAUCAGGCACCUUUUGCAGCUUUUGAGUAAGACUGUCUUCCUGUUUAGACUUUAAGCGUUGCCAGAAAGAACAAUCUGUUCUAUUCUUUUGAUCGUGGCCCAGCCUGAUAGCUGUAGCACUUCUGGGAUGAAAAAGGAGUGUGUACCAGGAAGUCUGAAGGGUGAGCCGUGUUCCCUUAGGCUUCAACUUAGCUGCAAGCUAUUGCCUACGAGGAGCUUUCUGGCAUGUGAUGACUGACUUUAAAGCUAGCGUUUCAAGCACCUACGUUCAUUAUUUUACAUUGUGUGCAGAACGGUUUAUCUUUUAACGUCAGAUACAAUACACUGCACAUACUGCUUUUGCACUCUUUAAAAAAUUUUGUACUAAAUAAUAGGAAAUAUUUAUAUUCUUUGAGUGUGAGCUUUGAAUAGAUGGCAUUAUCACUUUUUUAACCUUUUUCUCAAUUCUGUUGCAAUGUUAUUCUGAGCAAACCCUCUGCCAAAUAUCUUGUAUAAUGUUUGUAUGGAAGAUUACAUUUCACUCGUGUGUGGUAAGACUACUCAGUUAUUGAUUUCGUAGUUGGAAUUUGAUAUUCCAGCGCAAGUCCACAAUGUAUUCAGAAAUCCAAGUUGGUGUCAUACAUUUCAUUUUGAUGUGAACUUUUCUUUGCUUUUUUGUUUUAAGACUCCAUUUUGCAAUAAACGUUUUGACAGUAAA